CUUGCUAGACUUCCUUAAAGAAGGAGAAGGGAAAUACUUAAAACUCCCACAGCUGGUCGACAUGGCUGCUCAGAUUGCUGAUGGCAUGGCUUACAUUGAAAGAAUGAACUACAUCCACAGGGAUCUCCGGGCAGCUAACAUUCUUGUAGGAGACAAUCUUGUGUGUAAAAUAGCAGACUUUGGUUUAGCAAGGUUAAUAGAGGACAAUGAGUACACUGCAAGACAAGGAGCUAAAUUUCCAAUUAAAUGGACCGCUCCUGAAGCAGCAUUGUAUGGUCGGUUUACAAUCAAGUCGGAUGUGUGGUCAUUUGGAAUUUUACUGACAGAGCUAGUAACAAAGGGGAGAGUGCCAUAUCCAGGGAUGGUGAACCGGGAAGUUCUGGAACAAGUGGAACGUGGCUAUAGGAUGCCUUGCCCACAAGGCUGCCCAGAGUCUCUCCAUGAGUUAAUGAAACUGUGUUGGAAGAAGGACCCUGAUGAGAGACCAACAUUUGAAUAUAUACAGUCUUUCUUGGAGGACUACUUUACUGCUACAGAACCACAGUACCAGCCUGGAGACAAUUUAUAAGCCAACAAUCUAUAUAACGUGCACAAAUCUGCCAAAUGUAAAGACUUGCAAA